CUGGAAUAUAGAAUAACAAAACACAUGAUCUUCAAUAGUAUUGAAUUUACCUUUUCAUCGGUUUAAAAAUCGAAAAUUUUAAAUCACAUUUAUUUUUAGUUAGUUAAUCUCUUACAUGUCAAAUCAGUUGCAGAAUCUGCAUCGUGCCUUCGUUCCUCUAGGUUAUGUAUGCUAUGCUCACUACAAGAACAGUUAGAAAAUACCUAAACUUAAAGAUAGGUGGGUCGAACAUGAGCACGAAGCAGAGAACCUUUGAAGAUGCUAUUGAAUGUCUCAACUCUUUACAGUCAAACGCGAAAGUGCUAGAGGCGCUUCGAAAUAGAGGAAAAGUUCCUAAUGAUGACUCAAUGACUCAAAUGAAAGAGUAUCUCAAUAGGAUUGGGUAUCAGACAUCGGAUUUGAAUCGCUUAAACGUUAUUCACGUUGCGGGAACGAAAGGUAAAGGAUCUACUUGCGCGUUUACAUCUUCUAUACUCUCUAAGAUUCAAAAGAAAUAUCCUGAUAUUGCUCCCAAACGUAUUGGAAUGUAUACGUCUCCUCAUUUGCGGUCAGUCUGUGAACGUAUUCAGCUGGAUGGAAAGCCUGUCUCCAAAGAAUUAUUUACCAAAUAUUUCUUCCAAAUGUGGGAUCGUCUAGAAGCUACUGCUUCUGAAGCAACCAAUCCAGAGAAACCUAUGUAUUUCCGUUUUUUGACACUAUUGGCUUGGCACGUUUUCUUUUCUGAAGGCGUAGAUGCUGCUAUUAUUGAAGUCGGUAUCGGAGGUGAAUAUGACUCUACCAACUUAAUCGAGAAGCCCAUUGUCACAGCGGUAACUAGUUUGGGAUUGGAUCAUACCGCUUUGCUUGGCAAGUCAAUUUCAGAAAUCGCUUGGCAAAAAGCAGGAAUUUAUAAGGAGUCAGCAACUGCAUUAACAUGUUUGCAGGUUCCUGAAGCUCUUCCCGUCCUAGAGCAGCGAGCCAACGAACGAAAGACUAGAUUAAAGAUUAUUAAAGCACCUUUUUUCUUAAAACCGGAAAUGAUUGGUCUUUCGGGGGCGCAUCAGUUGGGCAAUGCUGCACUUGCAAUGGAAAUGGUAAAUGAAUUUAUCCAUAAAACUAAACCCUCUUGCUCUAUCAAUUUAAAUAAAGAUUCUGCCGUUUUUGACGGGUUAAAGGAUGUUCAGUGGCCUGGUAGAUGCCAAAUGGAGACUAUUGACGGGAUCCAAUGGUGCUUCGAUGGUGCGCACACACAGGAGAGUUUAGAAGCAACCGGCGUUUGGUUGGCUUCAAAGAGACAGCUAUUUAAAGAAGCGGAAAAAAGGGUAUUAAUAUUCAACCAGCAGAGCAGAGAUGAUCCAGUUGCUUUAAUACAAGCUUUUCUAAGGGGCUAUGAGUCUUUUGGGGAGGACCUUCCCUUUACGCAUGCAAUCUUCUCUACGAACGUUACAUUUAAGGAUGAAACUUAUAACCCAGAAUUACUGAGUGUCAAUACUGUCACAGACAAACGACCCGCUUUGCACGUUCAAGAAACUUUGGCAUCUUGGUGGAAAGAAAAUCGAACCGGUAUGAAUGACGCAAUAAAAAUAGCUCCCACUGUCGAAGAAGCUGUUGAAAUGGUACACCAGAUUAACGGAGAAUCAACAAAUACCUUUGUCUGUGUAACUGGAAGUCUUCACCUCACCGGUGGCUUAUUUGUCGUUUUGAAUAAGGCUGCUUUUGAAUAAGAUAUAGUAAUACGCGCUAAUUUACGAAUUUACUCUAGAUUUUGCUCUUUACGAAUAAUGUUACCUAUUUGAGAAACAAGAGCUAUGUUUUGCUGAGA